AUGGCACCUCACGCAGAGGUAACCGCCGCCACGGAUACAUCAUCCUUCGUGGUCAACGACGCAAAAGCCAAAACGGCGGCUCAUCCAGUAUUCACCAUCGACGAUGUCCUGCCGCAUCGGCAAGCGUCAAAGCCGCCACCGGCAACAGUGGCUGCAUUCACAAGUGCGGACAUGUUCAAAAGCAAAGGAUGUUUCAGCAAACCCACAGCCAAGAAUUUCGCACAUCGGCUGACAGAGGAGAGCAAAUCGAGAAAGCCGUCGAGUCUGAAGGAUGCGAUGAGAUACUACAAGCCUGGCACCAUCAGCCUUUGUGGCGGUCUUCCGUCCAGCAACUACUUUCCCUUCGAAGAGCUCGCGGCCAAGGUUCCCGUCCCAACGGAGUUCACAGAGGCCGAGACUGCAGUGUCCGGCAAGACGUAUUCUUCCGGCAAGUAUGACGCCACGAGAGACGGAAAGUCUGCUCUCGACUUGUCCAUCGCGCUCAAUUACGGCCAGUCCAUGGGUCCCGGCGCUCUUUUGCGAUACCUCACGGAACAUACCGAGAUCGUGCACAACCCGCCAUAUUCGGAUUGGGACAUUUGCAUGACUGCGGGGAGCACCUCAGCCCUGGAAAUUGCGCUGCGCAUGUUUACCGAGCGAGGACACUAUGUCAUCACCGAGGAGUAUACAUUCAGCAGUGCCAUCGAGACUGUUGCGCCAUUGGGGGCGAAGAUGUUGGGAAUCAAGAUGGACGCCGACGGAAUGUUGCCUGACGACCUGGACGAUACCCUGUCCAACUGGGACGAGAAGGCACGACGAGCGCCCAAGCCAUUCCUCGUGUAUACUGUGCCGACAGGUCAGAAUCCGACAGCCAGCACACAGACUCUGCAGCGGAGGAAGGAACUCUACCGGGUUGCCGAGAAGCAUGACUUAUUCAUCCUCGAAGAUGAGCCGUACUAUUUCCUGCAGAUGGAACCGUACGUGUCGGGACACACACAUACCGUCCCGUCGCCUUUCAAGCCCGCUCCCGUCAAGGAGUUUCUGAGCAAUCUGGUCCCGUCUUACCUGUCGAUCGACACAUCAGGACGUGUUUUGAGGAUGGACUCGUUCUCCAAGAUCAUCGCGCCUGGCAGCCGAGCGGGAUGGGUCACGGGUGCGCCCCAGGUCAUUGAGCGGUUCAUGCGACAUUCCGAGGUCAGCGUGCAGACGCCGUCCGGGUUCUCGUUGAUCGCGUUGCACAACUUGCUCGAGGAGAACUGGGGCCACAAGGGAUUCUUGGACUGGUUGAUGUUCAUCCGCGCCGAAUAUACGCGGAGAAGGGACAUCAUUGUCAACGCGUGCGAGGAGCAUUUGCCGACAGAAGUGUGUUCCUGGGUGCCACCAAAGGCAGGAAUGUUCCACUGGAUCGGCGUCGAUCUAACUCGCCACCCAUUGUACAAGGCGAAAGGCGGCGAUAUUGACUAUGCCACUCUUUUGGAGAUCGAGGACAGCGUGUUCACCACUUGCGCCGACCAGGGCGUGUUGAUUGCCAAGGGAAGCUGGUUCAGAGCGCAACGGGCGACAGAUCGCGAGUUGUUCUUCCGCAUGACGUUCGCGGCGGCUCCGGCCGAAAAGAUGCGAGAAGCGGUCGAGAAGGUCGGCGUCGCCAUCAGGAAGGAGUUUGACCUGGAGGUCGAGACGAAUGGGCACUCUGGGUGA